ACCUUUUUCGUCGUCCUUAAAUAUCCACCCCCACCCUCGACGGUCCCCUUCGACUGUUCCCUCAGCAUCGUCUCCCGUGCCCUCGCAGCUGUUUCAUGUCCAUCAACCCCUCCGACGCCCAAAGGUCCGCAGCUUCUCUUCCGUUGCCAUCCUACCCGAACGCUUCUUCUCGUCAUGGCGCUCGCCGGGAAUCACCCCGCAGCCUCGCCUCCUGGUCCGAGGGACUCCCCUGCGGCCGUGCUGCUGACGCCGCCUCUGGAUCUGCGGCUGCCUAUGCUUUCGAUAACUCUUCCCCUUCCUCCGCGGAGAAUCAUGAAUCAGCUAUUGCUGCAGGUGGAAAUUCUCACAAUUUGCCCAAGAAGGUGAACCGGCACAGAGUGAAUGAUUUCAAGAAAAGCCAAUUUGGCAAAAAACGAGGCACAAAUGUCGAGUAUCAGUCUACAGUGGGAGAAGAAGUGCCUCCAUAUUGCAAAGCCAAUCAAUUUGUACAUGUUGUAGAGAAUGAACGGCCUUUUGUAAAUGUAAAUCUUGUCCAUUCUUCUGGGCCUAGCAGUUUCCAAGGGAAUGGUAGUCAGUCAUCUACAAGAAGGAACAACGCAAUCAAUGCCAAUCAUUUGCUCAAUUUCUACUAUGAUCCAAUUUCUCGUCCUGAACCCAGGGCUCCUCCUCCCAGAAGGCAACGCAAGGUAAAACCUUAUAACAAAGACUUGUUUCUACAAGCAAAUUACAGAUUUGUGGUUUUGAAUAGAGAAAGCUCUGAAGUUGAAUCCAUAGAUCCUGAUAAAAUGUUAAAUUGGGAAGAUGUGGUAUGUGUCAGAUACUCUACUCCUUUUACAGUGCAAUGUCCAAUUUGUUUGGAGACUCCUCUUUGCCCACAAAUAACUACAUGUGGGCAUAUUUAUUGUUUUCCUUGUAUACUGAGGUACUUGCUUAUGGGAGAGGAGAAUCACAAAGGGGUAUGCUGGAAGAAAUGCCCCCUUUGUUUUAUGGUGAUAUCAAUCAAAGAUUUAUAUUCUGUUCUUAUUGAGAAUGUUAAGAACUUCAGUGUUGGAGAUCAUGCACACUUUACACUUUUAACCAGAUCCAAGGAUUCAGUAUUUCCUGUACCAAAAUCUAAGCAAGUUGAAAGUACUCUAUCAAGUAGUGCAGAUGACCUCUGUGAUACAUUCUCUAAGUUUAUUGUAACUUCGGAUGUGGGAUUGUCUGUCAGAAAAGGAAAAUCUGAUCUCACUUUUUGGCUACAUAAAGCAGAUUCCGGUCUAGUUGAUGACUUAGAAAAGCUUCCGUAUGUCUGUGCUGCACUUGAACAAUUGGAGGAAAGGAUGAAAAUGUGGAGAGAAUUACAUACUUACAAUGUUAAUACUCAAAACAGAGAUAAUUUAUCGAGUUUGGCUACAAAUUUGGCAAGUGACAAGUUGUGUACAGAUGAACCCCAAUGUGUGAUACCAUCUUACAUUCCAGAUGAAGAUGGAUUUUCCAUAGAAAUUAUGUCUAAUGUAUUUCCAGUGGCUGCUGAAUCUGAACAUGUGGAUAGCCCCAAACAAGUUCCUCCUUCACAUAAUGGAAGUGAGAAAUUGCAACAUGAUGACAUAUCUUCACAGAAAAAUUCUGUUAGCAACAAUGAGGUAACUGAGAGAGAUUCAUACAGUUUCUACCAGGCAACUGAUGGUCAGCUUCUCAUUCUUCAUCCAUUAAAUAUGAAGUGUCUCCUUCAUCACUUUGGUAGCUAUGAUAUGCUUCCUUCAAGCAUUAAUGGUGAAAUUUUGGAGCUGGAGGCUAUAACACAGUCAGAAGCUAUGCGAAAAAGAUACCGUUACCUUAGUCAUUUCUCAUUAACCACAACAUUUCAGCUUUGUGAACUUGAUUUGAAGCAUCUCCUACCUUUCAAUUCUUUGGCUCCAUUCAUGGAUGAAAUUAAUAAGCGUGAAAAGCAGAGACGACGACUUGCAAAGAAGGAGAAAAAUGAGAGAGGUAAGGCUGAAGCUGCCUCACAUUUUAAUCUAGUACCUUCUGCUCAGAUGCAAUUUGCUCAAAAGGAUAUUGUAUUUUCAUCAGAUGACUUUGAAGCUUUAACCACCAACAGCAUUCCAUCCAGCAGUCCUCCCACUGGUGAGAGGAAACUAUUCUCCGAUGUAACAAGGCUUGGUUUUGCUGCGGCACACGAUUCACCUUCUUUAAGAGGUGGUGAAGCAGCUGCCGAGUCAUCAGGCCACGCCACUAAAGCCUCUAAUGUUCAAGCUUCUGGGAACACAACAACAUCGUCAUUUGCCACAAUUUUAUCUUCUGCCCGAGAAGUGGAGAGCUCCGAGCAGCACACCAAUGCUUUGGUGAAGAAAGGGAAGAAACCGAACAAAGUGCUCUUGUCCACUGCUGGAGGUCGUCGUUACUAAUCUCCGACGAAACCUCUGUUAGUUAUUAGGCGCGCCAAGUGUGUACAUUUAGUUUCAGACCAAUAAGACGCGUGUUCAAAGUCAUUACAAAGAUGUUGCACUUUGAGGAUUUUGCAUUCCUUAUGUGGCGACGCCGCCCUUCUUGCAGUAUGGAAGGGGAUCGACGUAUGCGUCCUAGAGAAAAAUCUAUUAUUAAUCGAAUAAAGUUGGAUGACUA